GAAAUGCAGUGCGCAUGUGUGGAGGCUGCAGAGCUUCGCGGAGCAACUUCCGAACUAUGGCUGCUGCAGUCUCCGCAGAGAAUGUUGCCCUUCCAACCAAAAGCAGCAAGACAAUUCUGGUUCGCCAUCUUCCAUCUGAACUAACACGAAAUGAGAAGGUGGAACUGCUGAAAUAUUUUGGAGCGCUGUCCGUGCGAGUAUUAUCAGACAAAGGAAGGCUGAAACAUACAGCUUUUGCUACUUUUUCAUCUGCCCAUGCAGCAGCUAAGGCUCUGACCAGGCUGCACCAGUUAAGAUUCUUGGGGCACACUUUGGUGGUGGAGUAUGCGAAAGAGCAAGAGCACAUCGACCUACUGGAACAGAAGCUAAUCUCCAAUGAAAGCAAACCUGCAGAUAAAGCUUCGAACAACAAAGUUGAGAAACAGGUUCUGAAACCAAGAGUUCCUGUUAUCGAGGAUGGGAUCGCAGUGAGCUUGGGGUUGACCUAUCCCAUGAACCCAUGCCUGAAAUACCUCUACCCACCGCCAACCAGUGUCAUUCUGGCCAAUAUUGCCAACGCCAUGGCAAGUGUACCCAAGUUCUAUGUGCAGGUUCUGCAUCUGAUGAACAAAAUGAAUUUGCCUGCUCCCUUCGGACCCAUCACGACUCGCCCUCCAAUGUAUGAUGAAUACUUUCCUGCUCCUCCUCCGAUGCCUCCACUACCCCCUGAGGAACCACCUCUGCCAGAGGAAGAGAUGGAUGUUUCCAGUGAGGAAGAAUCAGAGUAUGAAAGUGGGAGUGAAGAGGAUAAAGAAAGAAUGACACGAUUAAUGGGAUUAACCUCACUUCCACCAAAACAGACACAAAAGAGAAAACGAGUUUCAGUCCGAAAACGACCCAGAUUGAAGGACCUGAUUAAUGUGCCAAAAGCACCUACCCAAAGCUCACAUCCCGCGGUGCCACCAUCCGAAGUCUUUGACCAGCCACAGCCUCACGGUCAAAAGAAAAUCGAGUUCCACAUCUCUGCCGACGUUAGCAGUUUGUUGGAGGGAGGGGAGCGUCGACCAGAGCCACAGGAGAAUUCUGAACCUCAAAACUCCGGAUUUGGAAAAAUCCAGCCUGUUCCUGUCUGUUCUAAAAGUGAAAGUGAGGAAGAGGAAGAGGAAGAGAUUCCCUCUGAGUUCAUUUCCAGGAAACAGUUGGCAAAGGGUAGAAUCACCAGAGACGAAAUGGAGAGCAUGUCGAUGUUUAAGAAUUACAGUCCAGGUGAACCGACCUGUCGACUGUAUGUAAAGAAUCUGUCCAAGCAAGUCGAAGAGAAGGACUUGAAGUUCAUCUUUGGCAGAUAUGUUGAUUUUUCAUCGCAAGCCGAAAGGAACAUGUUUGAUAUCCGAUUGAUGAAAGAAGGACGGAUGAAGGGACAAGCUUUCGUUGGGCUUCCCAAUGAGAAGGCAGCAGCCAAAGCGUUGAAGGAAGUAAAUGGGUUUGAGCUCAAAGAGAAACCAAUGGUGGUGCAAUUUGCCCGCUCUGCACGGCCGAAGCAAGAUUCAGCAGAGAACAAGAGAGGCCGAGGAAAAUGAGGACCGGAGGGUCAUAUGUUCACACUGUGCACAGUAAAAGCCCAGCUCAUCAGUUUGGGGGAAUGAUAAUUCAGUGUAUCCUUUAUAAUGUAUCCUUUAUAUAUAAACAAAGUACUGUUAUGCAAUGUAAAAGGCAGCAUUGGUGUUCCUGCGUUCAGUCACAGAAUGGGUUGGGAAAUGAGGUGCAAUUGGGGUUUUCGAUUUUUUUUUAGUGAAAGAAUAAUAACUCAGUUCUGAUCUUCAGCUGAGUAAUGAUAGCUUUUUAAAAAUUAUUUUGCUGCUGUGCCUUGUAAGCAAUUCACCGCAUCAAGACAUCGCACAUGCACUAAAAAUACGUAGCCUCAAUUCUUCCUGCUUGGAGCAUGAUGUGCAACCUUUUGCAUCAGGAACCCGUGAAAGCUGCAAUGAUGCCAAAAAUCGUACAGAUCAAACAGCAAAUCGUUUCUCCCAGUGAUAAUUCAAGAAAAAAUAGGAAAUAAUUUUCAAAGAUAAUUAAAUUCCUUUUGGAUCAAAAACACAGUGGCAAGUCCAAUUGCCUUUGGAAUUUUCUUUUUACAAUUCAGAGGAACAUAAGUGUUGACUGGCGCAAUCAGAUCUUGCAGAAAUGUCAAUCAAGAAUUGACCCUGGUCGUCCAGUCCUAAUGUCCAAUGCCUCACAUUUCAGAUACUCCCCACCCACCAUAUCCUCUCCUGGGAGAGGUAGAAAACCAGGUUAAAUCCCAACUAAUCAUGCAGGGGUUGGCGGGGUGGGGUUUGGUUGGAGUUUCUCUCCAACCCCUUUGAACUAAUGAGACUACGCCAGGAGGCCGCACUGAGGGGACAAGAGACCAGCGAUCGUACCGUGACUAUCCUUCCUUUACUCUGUCCUACUUCCCCAGAAUUAAGGACAAACAUAACCAUGCGCCAGCCAAUCAGCUUGGGCUUGGAGAAUCCACCUGCCAGCAAAUAUCAGGUACAGGCAUUAAAAUCUCAAUUUGCUGUAACAGCAGAACGGGGGUGGGACAUUGAGCUCUCCCUCACUUAUUCGUGCCUGACCUCGCCGGUGUUUCUGCUCCACAUAAGCCUCCUCCCACCCCUCUUCAUCUCAAUCUAUCACCAUAUUCUGAAUUCCCCAUUGGAUUUAUUAAUGACUAUCUUAUAUUUUUGGCCCUGUGUUCUGGCCUCCCCCACAAGUGAAAAUAUCUUCUCCACAACUCCUGUAUCAUGCUCUUUCAGAAUCUUAAAGUCAUCUAACAGGUCCCACCGAGCCUUCUGUUUCCUAGAGAACAGUUGUCCAGCCUUUCCUGAUAAAUUUUCUGUUCUGGCACUAUCCUUGUGAAUUUGUGUACAGGCUGAAUGGAAAACUCUCUUCUCCCAAGAAUGUCUCAGUAUUUGACUUGUGUUUCUGGCGUCCACCGCCAUCCUGUUCAGGGAUGUUCAAGCUUGAGGGCUGAAUGAGAUCCACAAUGAGGGUGAAUGAUGUGUAUGGUGUUUGUCGGUGCCUCCAGUGGUGCAGUUUGAGCUCUGGUGGAGUGUCUGAUUAUGGUUAACUUGGAACAGUCUCAGCCAUGAGACGACUACAGGCGCUGCAUGGAAAUCCUCGUUCUGUUUUUAAAGGGCAUUGUAUUUGGGAUACUGUUUUGUUUUGUACUUUUGAAAUGUCAAUGACUACAGUCAAUCACUGAUUUCUCACUGCUUGCCCUCAAUGAAUGUGUACAAUAAAAAUAAAAGUUGCUGUUA